CUGUCAUCGCCUCUUCCCUACCUCUCUGCUCUCUACAACCACCAGCCUUCACGCAUCGCCCAAGUCUCACUCGCGUCCCAGUACACCCGCCAUGUCCUCCCGUCCUCGUCGCGCCGCCGCCUCGCUCUCUCGUCGCGCCAUCCUCGCCGACGCCAGCGACGACGACGAGGGCGCGAGCGGCUCAGACGCCUCAGGCAGUCGUAGUGGCGGCGGCAAGCAGAAGCGGCGCUUCGCCGACUCCGACGAGUCCGACAGCGCAGAUGAAUGGCGCCCCGCCGCUGCUACUGCUGCGCCGGACGGGGUGAAGGGCAAGCGCGCACGGCCAACGAGGCAGGCGCAGCCAUCGGCGUCGGCGUCGGCGUCGGCGUCGGCGUCGACGUCGGCGUCGGCGUCGGCGUCGGCCAGCGGCUCUGCGUCGCCGGGAGCGUCAGAGUCGGACGUCGCAGAUGCACGUGCGACUGGCGCGUCGGCAGCGGCGAGCAAGAGCGGCGCCGCGGCUGGCAAACGCAAGCGUGCCUCGGCGCACCCUGCGGCAACCUCUCGCUCUCAGCGCGCAAAGGGCAACAGCGCCAGCGGCUCCAUCUCGCGCCCUGCCACGACGCGCAAGCGCGGCGCUCGCGGCGUGGCCGAGGGAGAAGAAUCGGAUGCCGAACUGCUGGCUGCUGCGGGCGCCUUUGAGGCGGAGAUGGAAGCUGCGGAGCUCGAGGCGGCGCGAGAAGAGGCGAAGCUGGCAUGGCAGAGUGUCAAGGCGAGAAAGAAUGGCGGCGCAACAACAAGCGCACAGGGCAGUGGAGCGACGAGUGCGGCAACUCCCUCUUGCAGCGCGUCGGUGCGAGUGGAGAAUCGCAACGGGGUCUCCUCCUCGAGCACUUCUACUUCGACGACGGCGCCACGCCAAGGCGAUCUCAACGUCUGGCUGGGCAAGUCUGCGGUUGCGAUGCCUUCUACAUGUGCCGCGGCGCAGAUCUACGACCGCGACUCGCUCUUCAUUGGGCAUGUCUAUCCGCUUCUCUCUUCCUCCUCUGCCUCGCGCUUCGCGCUGCUCGAGCAUCUCUCUCGCGCCGUGCAUCCGCGCCUCGCCACCGACGCCUUUCCGCCGGCCUUUCGCCAUCUGCCGCCCGGCAGACGCGGCGCCAGCCACGACAUGCUGGCAUGGCGCGUGCUGGAGCUCAAGCAGGGAAGAGACGGCCUCGGCGGGCCCGGAGACUUUGGCGUCGUCGAGGGAGAGGAAGAUGAUGGAGAGAAAGGCGGAGGACGCGCAGUGGCCAAGAUGCUCAAAGGCUUGGGAGCUUGUGAUGUCCUCGUCGUUGUUUCAAGAUGGUAUGGUGGCACAAUGCUCGGCCCCAUUCGCUUCCAACACAUCGAGACGUGUGCGCGCGAGGCAAUCUUGAAGUAUAUGCAUGACGAAGCGCUGGUGCCGCUGCGAACUCGUCUGCAGUCGCUCGACUUGCGCGUCGGGGAGCUGCGCGCCAGUCUGGCGGCGCUGGCACCAGCGGCGUCGACGUCGCAGAGUGGCGCCUCUGCUUCCCAAGCCGCCGUCGCCGCCGCAUCGUAUGCCGACCUCACGCCCUCGAAAGCGCAGCGCCUCAUCUCGGCGCGCGAGAAGCAGGUGGACAUGCUGCAGACGCGCCUCGCGCAGCUCGGCGGCGAGGGCGCAGACGGCGACGUGGGAGCGAAGGAUGCCGCGCCGCAAGAGGGGUGCAGGAGGGAGGAGAAGGAGAAGGAUGGAGAAGUGCGCGUGGAUUUGGAGCAGCUGGAUGCGGCACAGAGAGCAUUGAGAGUGCUGCCGCCCUGA